GGGAGCGUUAGAGGAGGAAGAACCGGCCGGACGGGUGGGUUGCAUCACCUCCAGGUUGUGAAACAGAAAGCGGGGAGCUGCCAGGUUUUGCUUUUCAGACUGAACAGAACUUCCAGAGGAUUUUCACCCAAAGACACAAACAUCAGCUCAUACAGAAAAAGAAAUCACUUUAAGGCAACAGAUGGCUUUUCUGAUUCACUUUCCUUUGGUGUAUUUUUUAAAACAUAUCUUUGGCUGUUGAGUAAAUAUUAAUAUUAAUACAGUAAUUAUGUUUUCCAUUCUGCCCACUGUGUGGUGGAGCUUAUCCUCCACCAUCUGUUUGUUGUAUUUGUGGUUUCUGAACUUUCAGCCCUGCAUUAAACUGAUCACAGAUCAGAUCAGAGAUAAACUGCUGGAGUGAAAACUGAACUCCUGGGUUGAUUCCGGCUGCGCAGGUCGAGCCGGCAGCAGAUUACUGCGGACUGAGGUGUGGAUUAUUUGUUGUUAUGGCAUCUGAAGGCUCCAACCUCAGCUCUGAGUCUGUCUCAUGUCUGCGUGUUUGUGGAUCAAUCUGCCCAACUUAAAAACUCCAUCCACUUUCCCGUCCUGAAACCGCAGCUCCCGCCGUGGCGCAACGCUCCACACACACACAGAGAAAUUCUGACUUCUCUUUCCUCUGCGGCGCACUGCUGCAGCUGCGGCCUCUCUCCGCUCACUCUGUGACAUAACUGGAGUUUCCCUUCUGCAAGAGCAGCCGCCACUGCAUAAAUACUACGAGGCGUGCUGGCAGAAGUUCAUUCUAACCCAAAGACAGGCGUAAGCAGAGAGGGCUGCCGGCUCCAGCAGACUGCCAAGUGUUUCAGUCGGACACCAGAGGAUGACGGGAUACAAAAUCACAGCGGGUGACGUGGAGGCCGGGCCUCAGGACAGGAUGGAGGUCCUGGUGCAGAAGAAGUCGUCCACAGGGUUGCUGUGGAAGGUGCUGGCGGUGCUGCUCUUACUGGCGCUUUGCCUGGGAGGCGCCCGGCUCUACGUUUGGUACCAGCUCGAAAGAUCACAUUCAACAACGCAGGCAGGACACACGGCAGCACCAAUCAGAAUGGACUCUGACGAGGCAGCAGGCGCUCACUCCACGCUGAAAGAAAUGAGCAAAAAGGCAAAAGCAGCCAUUCAUCUAGAAGGUCAUUAUGACGAAAAUAGCAACGCGACGGCCGUGGAGUGGCGCGACCGCGUGGGCCAGGCCUUCUCUCAGGGCGGUUUCCGUCUCCAUGACAACCAGAUCAUCAUCCCAGAGAACGGCCUGUACUUCGUCUACAGCCAGGUGUCCUUCCGGGUGUCCCGGUCCAGCGACCAGGAGGGCGAGUGGCGCCCGCCGUCCCUCAGCCACCGCGUCCGCAGGAUGUCUCAGGCCAUCGGAACCAAGGUGUCCCUACUGAGCGCCGUGAGGUCGGCCUGCCAGAACGUCCAGGAGGACGGCGAGCGGUCGGGCCACGGCUGCUACAGCACCAUCUACCUGGGCGCCGUGUUCCAGCUGGACAAAGGGGACACGCUGGAGACGGAGACCAACCAGCUGAAGGAGCUGGACACGGACGAGGGCAAGACCUUCUUUGGCGUGUUCGCGCUUUGAGCCACUGCUGUGAUACUAAGAGACUGAUCCUGGACAGGGUUAAAAAAAAUGCACAUUUUUACACUUUUAUUCAGUCUGAAGGUGAUGUAGAAAUGCUAACAUCUCCAUGGAGAUGGAACUAGACUUUAUGAACUGUAACAGUUUGAAACUUUAUCUCUGUUUUAGGCACUUUUUGACUUUAUUUAUGUUGAUCUCAGAUUGUAAGACUAGACUUCUGCUGUAGCAGAUUGAAGUGUAUUUCUCCACUAUUUACAUUUAUGUAUUUAUUUAUAUUUAUUGGUAUUUAAAUUUGUGGGAUUAUUGGUUUAAUAUUAUAUUUAAUAUGAAUAAAAAUGCAGAAAAAUUAACAAAAACUGAAGUAGAUUUCUGAGACUUGAGAGAGACUUGAAGGCGAGUUGGAAGUUCCAGUUUGCACGCAUGCACACACACA